GGGUGUGAGGUGCUUGGCCCCGCGGGCUGGUGCCUGUCUUCUCAAAGGCCCACGGUCUCCACUUCCUGAGGAGGCAGCACAGAACAAAGCCCGCAGAGACUCCCUGCCCUUCCUUGUCCCAGCCUCGGCGGCCACAGCCCCUGCCAGCCGGCGCUGUCCUGGAGGAAGGGGCGAGAUGAAGUGGACGGUGCUUGUGGCCACGGCCGUCCUGCAGGCUCGGCUCCCAGCUGCAGAUGCACAGAGCUUUGGCCUGCUGGACCCCAAACUCUGCUACCUGCUGGAUGGGAUCCUCUUCAUCUAUGGCGUUAUCAUCACCGCCCUGUUUUUGAGAGUGAAGUUCGGCCGCAUCGCGGACGCCCCCGCGCACCUGCAGGGCCAGGGCGCGAACCAGCUCUAUAACGAGCUCAACCUGGGGCGCAGAGAGGAGUACGACGUUUUGGAUAAGAGACGGGGCCGAGACCCCGAGAUGGGAGGGAAGCAGAGGAGGAAGGCCCCUCAUGAAGGCGUGUACAACGUGAGUAGAGGGACCAUCUCCCUUGGGGAGCUGGGGGAGGGGCGGGACGAAGGCUGGCUGCGGCCCCGCGGCCUCUCCCGGGGCCCUGUCCUGCCUCUCUGCGUGCCGCCUGGAGCAAGGCUCCAACGCUGGCCUCACCCUCGCCUGGCUGCUGCUGCAGGUCCCGGGGCAGCCUGGACCGCCCCGGGCCAGGGUGGUGCCGUCAGGCUGGGCGAGCCCCUCCAAGGGACGAGGGCGAGCCCCUCUUGUCCCCCUUUUCUCGUCUCUCCCCAGAACCAGCGCCGGAGAGGGAAGGGGCACGAUGGCCUUUACCAGGGGCUCAGCACAGCCACCAAGGACACCUAUGAUGCCCUCCACAUGCAGACGCUGCCCCCUCGCUAGCAGCUCAGGGAUCCCACACUCACUGGCCAGCCCUGCAGGCGUCCAGAUGGUUAGAGACCCAGGAAAAGCGUUUACGGCCCAGCUCGCUCGUGUUUCUCCACCACCAAAGUGGAUGCUUCAAGCUGUGACAUUUGGUCCCGUCCAGUCCCAGACUGUCAAACACAGGGUGUCGUCCCCGGGCUACGGCCGGUCCUGGAGGAGCCCACUGCGAGUGCGACACGUUCCGUCUUCUCGGUCGCUGGGGACCGUGGCUCUUACCUGGAGGCGGGCACACCCCGCACAGCCCAGUCGUCAGUCCUGUGCUCUGCGACGUCCCCAGGGGAACCCCAAAUGUUAGCGGUCUGCGCUGCUCUGUCGGUGUUUGAGUGGCUUCGCUCCUGCUGUAAAUUUGGCGUCUGCUGUCGACUUUCUCCUCGUUUCUCGGUAGCUUGUCAUUGGGCCAAGGGGCUGUGCUUCCCGGGGCAGGUCGGGCGUGGGGGGGAUGGGACAAGCCCCAGCGGGUCCGGGUCCGCAGCGGCCAGAGCGCUUGGGAACCUGGGAAGGCCGUGCCAGAGUCCCGGGCACGUGCCCUCCCCUGGGGACUGACAGAUGAGCAGGCUGCCCCGCCCUCCGGAGAAGCGAGCUGUGAACAAGCAGUGUCACCGCAGCAUGGACUGAGCGGGGUGGCAAGGCCACGUUCACCUCACAGUGACGGCAGGACAGACCCAACACAGUGAGGGCGUCGAGGGAGACGCCCCGGCCGGCCGCUGGGAGCCCGCAGCGCAGCAAAGGGCUCACGGCCCGGGUGGACACCUGUCCGCCCUGCUGGGGUUCGCUUUCUGCCACUCUGCUACAGCCUUCCCUGCACAAUAAACGCCUCGGCGAGAA